AUGUUGUCAACAUUCAAAGCUACUCUAAAGUUUUGGAACAUCAAUUUCUUGCCAAACACUACUCUCCAACGUGCAACUAUACAAAACACUUCUCGUAGCGCAAUAGAUUCACAAACCACCUUUGUUUUAAGCUCACAAUGCUUCCAAAGCUUCACAAAGCUCUUAUCGCAGUGUGUUGUUUCCAAGUCUCUGACUUCAGGCAUGGAACUCCAUGCCCACUUGAUCAAGUUUGGGAUUUCCCACGACCCAAGUCUCAGGAAUCAUUUGGUGACUCUGUAUUCCAAGUGUCGCUGUUUUGGGUAUGCACGCAAGUUGAUUGAUGAAAGUACUGAACCAGAUUUGGUUUCUUGGUCUGCUUUGAUAUCUGGGUAUGCACAAAAUGGGCUUGGGGAGGAAGCCCUUUUGGCAUUUAAUGAGAUGUCCCUGUUGGGUGCUAAGUGUAAUGAGUUUACCUUCCCAAGUGUUCUUAAGGCAUGCUCAAUCAAGAAGGAUUUGAAUAUGGGGAAGAAGGUUCAUGGCAUGACUGUGGUAUCAGGAUUUGAGUCUGAUGGGUUUGUUGCUAAUACUUUGGUUGUUAUGUAUGCCAAAUGCGGGCAGCUUGGUGAUUCUAGGAAAUUGUUUGGCACGAUUGUGGACCGAAAUGUUGUUUCGUGGAAUGCCUUGUUCUCUUGUUAUGGGCAAAGUGAUUUCUAUGUUGAAGUGGUGGAUUUGUUCAAAGAAAUGGUUCAGAGUGGUGUGAGGCCUAAUGAAUUCAGCCUUUCCAUCAUACUGAAUGCCUGUGCAGGAUUGCGGGAUGGAAAUGUGGGAAGGAUGGUUCAUGGUCUUUUGCUGAAGCUAGGGCAUGAUUUUGAUCAAUUUUCUGCAAAUGCGUUAGUUGACAUGUAUUCAAAGGCAGGGGUGAUUGAAGAUGCAGUUGCUGUUUUUCAUGAAAUUAUGCACCCUGAUAUUGUUUCUUGGAAUGCAGUUAUAGCUGGUUGUGUUCUUCACGAGUGUAAUGAUUGGGCUUUGAUACUGUUGGAUGAGAUGAAAAGCUCAGGAACUUGUCCCAAUAUGUUUACUGUAUCAAGUGCUUUAAAGGCCUGUGCUGCAAUGGGGUUCAAGGAGUUGGGUAGACAGUUACAUUCUAGUUUGAUAAAGAUGGAUACUGAGUCAGAUUCAUUUGUUGCUGUUGGACUGAUUGAUAUGUAUUCCAAGUGUGAAAUGAUGGAUGAUGCUAGAAGAGCCUAUGAUUUGAUGCCAAAGAAGGACAUUAUCACUUGGAACGCAUUGAUCUCUGGUUACUCACAGUGUCGUGAUGACUUAGAAGCAGUCUCACUUUUUUCUGAAAUGUACAAUAAAAAUAUAGAUUUCAACCAAACUACGUUGUCAACAGUUCUCAAAUCAGUGGCCAGCUUGCAGGCAAUUAAUGUAUGCAAGCAAAUUCAUACAGUUUCCAUCAAAUCUGGAAUUUGUUCAGAUUUCUAUGUUAUAAAUAGUCUUCUUGACACUUAUGGAAAAUGUCGCCAUAUAGAUGAAGCUUCAAAAAUUUUUGAAGAGCGCACUUGCGAAGAUUUGGUGGCUUUUACAUCCAUGAUAACAGCAUAUUCUCAAUAUGGGGAUGGAGAGGAGGCUUUAAAGCUAUAUUUGCAAAUGCAAGAUGCCGAUGUCAAGCCAGAUCCAUUUGUCUGCAGUUCUCUUUUAAAUGUUUGCGCAAAUUUGUCUGCAUAUGAACAAGGAAAACAAUUACAUGUCCAUGCCGUCAAGUUUGGUUUUAUGUCUGAUAUUUUUGCCAGCAAUUCACUGGUUAAUAUGUAUGCAAAAUGUGGAAGCAUAGAGGAUGCUGAUUGUGCCUUCUCCGAGAUACCUAAGAGAGGAAUUGUCUCAUGGUCUGCAAUGAUUGGAGGGUUGGCUCAGCAUGGCCAUGGUAAAAAGGCUCUUCAGUUGUUCAAUCAAAUGCUUAAAGAUGGUGUACCUCCCAAUCAUAUUACUUUAGUGAGUGUUCUUUGUGCAUGUAAUCAUGCUGGUUUGGUAAAUGAGGGAAAACGAUAUUUUGAAACAAUGGAGGAAGUAUUUGGGAUUAAACCCACGCAAGAGCAUUAUGCUUGCAUGAUUGAUCUCCUCGGACGAUCAGGGAAACUAAAUGAAGCAGUGGAUCUUGUAAAUUCCAUUCCAUUUGAAGCUGAUAGCUCAAUUUGGGGGGCACUUCUUGGAGCAGCAAGAAUCCAUAAAAGUAUAGAACUUGGGCAGAAAGCUGCAGAGAUGCUUUUUGCUCUUGAGCCAGAGAAAUCUGGUACCCAUAUUCUCCUUGCAAACAUCUAUGCAUCAGCAGGGAUGUGGGAAAAUGUUGCUAAGGUUAGAAAGUUUAUGAAAGACAGCCAGGUGAAGAAGGAGCCUGGAAUGAGUUGGAUUGAGGUCAAAGAUAAGGUAUUUACCUUCAUUGUUGGAGAUAGAAGUCAUUCUAGAAGUGAUGAAAUAUAUGCGAAAUUGGACCAGUUGAGUGACCUUCUAUGUAAAGCUGGAUAUAGUCCCAUCGUAGAGAUUGAUAUACAUAAUGUGAACCAAAGUGAAAAGGAAAAGCUCUUAUAUCAUCAUAGCGAGAAACUUGCUGUAGCCUUUGGAUUAAUUGCUACACCACCUGGAGCCCCAAUAAGAGUGAAGAAGAAUAUACGAGUUUGUGUUGACUGCCACACCUUUUUCAAAUUUGUAUGUAAGAUUGUUUCAAGGGAAAUUAUUGUCAGAGAUAUUAAUAGAUUCCACCAUUUUAAAGAUGGAUCAUGUUCUUGUGGUGAUUAUUGGUAA